UAUCCUCCUCCUCCUCCUCUUCCUCCUCCUCCUCCUCCUACUAAUCUCUGCCUAACAGCUUCAUUCUCAUUGUUUCUCUUUAGUUUUUAUGAAUGAAUAUGAAGAGUACUCCUUCCUCCUUUUUCUCCUCUGUGGUUCUGCUCCUCCUCUCCCGUCCCCCUGCUCCUCCUCUCUUACCUCCUGCUCCUCCUCUUCCUCCUGUUUCUCUUCCCUCUCCUCCUCCGGUUUUCAGUUGAAGUUCAAGGAAGAUAUUAGAUGUGUAAACGGUUGGCUGGUUCAGGUUCCAUACUAUGCUGAGCGACGGGUCUCCUGUUGACUUGGUAGUGCGCCGACGAUCGUCUCCCUACGCUGUUCACUCCGUCCCUCCUUCCUGCCUGGCCUCAUUCAGUAACCUCUCUACCAGCUUGGCUUGUUGUGUUGUCGGGGGUGACGCUGUUGCCGGGGACGAUGUCUGAGCACAUGCAGCUGUCCUUAGCUCUGUGUAGGAUCGGCUUCUAUACGUGUUUCCGGGCACUGUGCUGUAAAGGACCUCCCCCGUCCAGACCAGAGUAUGAUGUGGUGUGUAUCGGACUGACCGGGGCCGGCAAGAGCAGCCUACUGGCGUGGCUGUGUAACGAGGGGAGCCACGGCAUCGGUCCUACCACAGGCUUCAGCAUCAAAGCAGUACCGUUCCCAAACGCCAUCUUGAAUGUAAAGGAACUCGGAGGAGCGGAGAACAUUAAGAAGUACUGGUCUCGGUACUACCAGGGAUCUCAGGGUGUGGUAUUCGUAUUGGACAGCGCUUCUUCAGACGAGGAGUUGGAGUCGGCCCGUAACGAGCUCCACUCUGCCAUGCAGCACCCCCAGCUCUGCACCCUACCCUUCCUCAUACUGGCCAACCACCAGGACAAACCUGCUGCACGCCCACCCAACCAGGUAGACGAUUGGACUAUUUGUCCAAUGUACACAAACAUCCAAUGUAAGUGUGGAUCAUGAUUUAACCCUUAGGAGAGCAGAGGGCAGCUAGACCAUGGCACCCCUGGAGCAGUUUUAGGGAUUCAGUGCCUUGCUGAAGGACACAACAGCAGGAUCUGGGCAGAAACUAGUUGUUUUCUGUUAGUUUAUAUGAAAAUACCAAACUUUUCAAAUACUUGAGAUAGUGAAAUAUAGUUUAUAUAGAUUUAAAAUGAAAAGGCAACUAGUUUCUUUCUUUGAUAUUCAAAUACAGGUCUCAGAAAACCAAAUCAGAUUUAAAGCGUUUUAAAUACCACUCAGAAAACCAAAUCAGAUUUAAAAGCGGUUUAAUACCACUCAGAAAACCAAAUCAGAUUUGAAAGCGGUUUAAUACCACUCAGAAAACCAAAUCAGAUUUGAAAGCGGUUUAAUACCACUCAGAAAACCAAAUCAGAUUUGAAAGCGGUUUAAUACCACUCAGAAAACCAAAUCAGAUUUGAAAGCGGUUUAAUACCAUUCAGAAAACCAAAUCAGAUUUGAAAGCGGUUUAAUACCACUCAGAAAACCAAAUCAGAUUUGAAAGCGGUUUAAUACCACUCAGAAAACCAAAUCAGAUUUGAAAGCGGUUUAAUACCACUCAGAAAACCAAAUCAGAUUUGAAAGCGGUUUAAUACCACUCAGAAAACCAAAUCAGAUUUGAAAGCGGUUUAAUACCACUCAGAAAACCAAAUCAGAUUUGAAAGCGGUUUAAUACCACUCAGAAAACCAAAUCAGAUUUGAAGGUAUUUGAAUAUAUGCAAGUUAUUUGAAAACAAACACCAAAAAAAUGAACCAAAAACUACAACAGUCAGUUGAAUUAGUCUAAAUAUAUGAUCAUUAGCACAUGGUUGGGAGGGUCUCUUAGAUAUGAAUUUUAAUGUAGCGUAUAGCGUAUAAUGAAAUUACACGAGGGAUAUGGAAUCACCUCGACCACUUACACAUGUUUCCACAAUGAGUGAGAGUACUAUUGAAACACUUGACAACACGUUCUUGUGCAUGUGUAUUAUUACAAUAUGCGAUAUGUGUUGUUUACUUUUGGAAAUGUCUUUGAUAAUGACAUAGUAGUGGAGUUACUACAAGGAAUAAGACAUUUUAAAUUCGUCUAUUCGUCUUGUGUUACAGGUUCUCAUGCAAAUACCAAAGUCUUA